AUGACAAAUUUUCAUGAAUAUUAUUCAGGACUUCUUAAGAAAUUACCUCUUUCUAUAAAAAAAAAUAUAUGGAAUCGUCUUAUAUCUAGAUUACAUAAUCCUUUAUCAAAAGAAGAGGCAAGUAAUAUUCAUCCUAAUAUUGAAAUAUUGCUAAUUAGUGAAGUUGAUAAAUAUGAAAAGAAAAAAAAUCAUCAACGUUGUAAACCUGAAGAAAUAUUGCUUCAUAAUAAACUUUCAGAUGAUACUACCUUUACUAAUAUCCGA